UUAGCUCUUGCUCGGUAUUCGAGCAAAAGGUUCUUGCUAACGCAUCACUUUCUACAGCUUUACUUAUCUGAGUGACACCUUCAGACAGGAAGAAAUAGCGUGACUACUGCAGGCAAACAUGACUUCAUCACCAGUGGAGUACACCAUUGGAGGGGUGAAGAUCCACUUCCCCUGCAAGGCUUACCCAUCCCAGCUGGCUAUGAUGAAUUUAAUUGUACGAGGUUUGAACACAGGGCAGUACUGUUUACUAGAGUCUCCAACUGGAAGUGGAAAGAGCUUGGCGUUGCUUUGUUCAGCUCUGGGUUGGCAGCAUGCACAGUUUGCCAAAUUGCAAGAAGGAGGAAGCACUGGUCCAGACAAGAGCCAGAAGUCCGAUUCCCCCACCUCUUGCAAGUGUGGGUGUCACAGCAAAUCCAGCAGGAACAAGGCAACAGCAGGAGACAGUCAUGCUGUGGUGGACCUCACUGUGUCACCCUCCAAAGACACGGCUCAGCCGUCGACUUCAGCACAAGAACCCAUGCUUUUCCCAGAAGAAGAAAGUAGAAAACAGUCUCUAGCUUCUCGACUGUCAGAGAAGUUCCAGAAAUCUCUCAGCUCCGACUGUGCGAAAGAUGACGACUUCCAGCAAGACAGGAAACGCAUUCGCACUGCAGAGAACACGAGCCGUAAAAGGCAGCGACUGGAGAAGGGAGUCGUGUUCACAGAUGAUGAGCCGGAGCUGGAAAAUGAGCCAGCGGGACCUCAGAGUUGGAAUGCCCAGACGAAACACCAAACUCCUGGUUCUUCCUCUACUUCCUACGCUCCUGAGUCCUGCUCGCAGUGCCCGUGCGGUUCAACCGAGGAUGCCGUGAAGGAUAAAGAGAAAGAUGGCAGAAAAAAGACUCCAAAGAUCUUCUUUGGCACUCGCACACAUAAACAGAUAACUCAGAUCACCCAUGAGCUGAAGCGCACCGUUUACUCCGGCGUGCCCAUGACCAUCUUAUCCAGCAGAGAUCACACCUGUGUCAACCCAGACGUGGUGCCUCACACAAACCGCAAUGAACGCUGCAAGGAUCUGCUGGAGGCCAAGGAUGGAAGGUCCUGCCGCUACUACCACGGUGUGCAGAGGAUGCGGGACCAGAACACUCUACAGCACGUCCAUGGGUUGCGGGCAGCCUGGGACAUUGAGGACCUGGUGACUCUGGGCAAACGACUUCGAUCAUGCUCUUACUUUGCUGCCCGUGAACUCAUGCAGAGCGCCUGGAUUAUCUUCUGCCCGUAUAACUACCUGCUGGACCCAAUGAUUAGAGAAAGUAUGGAGAUUGACCUGGAAGGCCAGAUAUUGGUACUGGAUGAGGCCCAUAACAUUGAGGACUGUGCGAGGGAGAGCGCCAGCUACACACUGGACUACAAGAGUCUGCUGAUGUCCAGAGACGAGCUGGACAGCAUGGUCAACAACAACAUCCGACGUUCCAAACACGAGCUGCUCAGGGGCUUCUGCUACAGUCUGAUCAACUGGAUCCAGGAGAGCCAAAGCCUGAUGUCUGAGCGGGGCUAUGAGACUGCCGGUAAAGUCUGGAGUGGGAAGGAAAUAGUGGGCAUCUUUCACACUUUGGGCAUCACUGCGGACACCUUCAACAUUCUGAAGCAAAACCUGGCAGCAGUCUUGGAGAAGGAGGAGCGUGCAGGAGUCGUUAAUGGGAGAGAAGACGUGGUGCAGAUUCCAACCAUCAGCCCACCUACUGCAACUGUGCUCAAAAACCUCUUCAUGGUGCUCGACUUCCUCUUCAGAGACAGCUGCAGAUUUGCUGACGACUAUCGUGUUGCUCUGCAGAAGAGCUAUGCUUGGACAAACCAGGUCCCCCCCGAUGUCCCCAACGCACAGGGCUUUAUAGUUCGGCCGCGUGGUAGACGCCAGACUGUCCGGGUCAAGACUGAAGUCCUCACACUGAGCUUCUGGUGCCUUAACCCUGCUGUGGCUUUUUCUGACCUGAGUGGGUCUGUGCACAGCAUUGUGUUGACCUCUGGAACCCUGUCACCCAUGGACUCCUUUUCCUCUGAACUUGGUGUGAAAUUCUCCAUCCAGCUGGAGGCCAACCAUGUGAUCAAUAAGUCUCAGGUUUGGGUGGGCACCGUUGGCGCAGGACCUCAAGGCAGAAAGCUCUGUGCCACCUUUCAGAACGCAGAGACGUAUGCCUUCCAGGACGAAGUGGGUGGCCUGCUGCUCCACGUCUGCCAGGUCAUGGCCAAGGGUGUGCUCUGCUUUUUGCCUUCCUACAAGAUGCUGGAUAAACUGAGAGACCGAUGGACCAAAACUGGUCUCUGGGACAAGCUAGAGCAACAGAAAACGGUGAUCACAGAGCCCCGUGGUGGUGGAGGCAAGGGAGAUUUUGAUGAGCUGCUUCACACGUACUACAGUGCCAUCAAAUACUGUGAAGAAAAAGAUGGUGCACUGCUGAUUGCUGUGUGUAGGGGUAAAGUGAGUGAAGGGCUUGAUUUUACGGACGACAACGCCAGGGCAGUAGUCGCCGUUGGAAUUCCCUUCCCCAACAUUAAAGACCUCCAGGUGGAACUGAAGAUGAAGUACAAUGACCUGCACUCUAAGUCGAGAGGUCUUCUCCCAGGCAGUCGCUGGUAUGAGAUUCAGGCCUACAGAGCGCUGAACCAGGCCCUGGGGAGGUGCAUUCGCCACAGGAAUGACUGGGGAGCUCUAGUUCUGGUGGAUGAUCGGUACAGGAAUAAUCCUAAUAAGUACAUCACAGGUCUGUCUAAAUGGGUCCGCCAGCUUGUCCAGCAUCACAGCACCUUCAGCGAUGCAAUGCAGUCUUUGGUUGCAUUCUCUCAGGUGCAGAAGAAGAUGGAUGGGGCUCCUGCUGACAGGCAGGCCAUCAGCUCUACCAUCUCAUCUCCCAGCAGCCACCUAGCAGCCACUGCAGAGGGACAUAGUCCGCCUGAGGCUUCAGAACCUCAGAUACCUAUCUCAUGUGUCAGACUACCUGAACCCCAGCAGGACUCAAGCCCCUCAGCCGACCUCAUUUUUUCCCAUACACAGUUGAAAGCUGAACAGAAAGAAAAAGCAGACCAGUUGAAGAAGCAGCACAGUCCCCAAGAAGAGCCUCUCCCACUUCAGAAAAGAGCAGCACUGCCUCCGUACUCCAUUUUCACCUCCACCCCCACCAACAACACCUUCAGGAAGCCCAUUUUUAAAAGAAGUGCACCAAGUAGUCCUGGCCAGGAAACAUGUCAUUGUUCUGAUGACAAAGAAAACCAGCAGAUCGCCUCUGCAUCACUGAAGACUAAUGGUUCAGAUGAAGCCAGAGGAGACCCAGCCAGUCUGGCUCCAGAGCCCGCUCCAGUAACAGCCCCGCCCAGCUGUGAAAGCGAACCACCUGCAGCAGGGAGUUCAGACGAAGAUGAAAAGGACCAAACUGUGUUUUUUACUCCAGAACUUUUUGAGGGUGAAGGAGAUGAAGGCGGUGAACAGGAGGAGACGAAGGCAGAGUCACGUCCAGAGUUGGUCCUAGGAGCAACGAGCACGGCCGCAGUGACCGAAGAGCUUCUCGGCUCCGAGCAGACCCACGUGCCAGGCCACGCCUCAGCUCUGGAUGGACAGAGUACUGUUUCAGUCAGUGAGGAGAGCGCAGGACUGUCGCAGGGAAAGGAAGAAGAAGUCAGAGGACAGAAGCAGUAUGAGGAGGGAGAGGGUAGACAGACAGGCAGCAGACGUCACAGGCUGUCCAGGUCCAGACAGAAAGUUUCCUCCACUCAAACAGGUGUCUAACUACUGCACAGCAAGCUGUGUGGACGAGGCAGAGCGUCCUACACUACAAGAAACGUUAAAAAUAUGGAAACCAGAUUCAUGUUAAAAUCAGCUGAAGUGCAAUAGAAAUCCCUACAUUCAGUUCAUCCUUUAGUCCUGUUUAAUGAUGUGUUUGUCGAUUACAGGUGAGAAAGGGGAAUAUUUUAGACAUGUCUGAUUAAACCAAAGACCGGCCUUUUUUUCAGUCUCAGUUACAACCAUGUAAUUAUUUGUUUUGCAGUAAGUACAAAUAUUUGCAUAAACUUUGUUAGUUCUCAAUAAAAUUGUUCAUCUCUA